AUGAUUGGCUGUCAACAAGAAGGUCCAUUCAAACUGAAGGAAGUGCAGAAAGCGCUUAUUAACGGCCUCUCCAAAAUACCUACACAACAGAAAAAAACAGUGUAUAUUUGUCAGCUUUUGAUAAGAAUUGCAAAAGGAAAAAACCUUGAAUGCCAUUUUGAAAAUGAUCAAAGAAUUUCACCUUUGGAAUCUGCUCUGUCUUUCUGGACUUUACUUGAAAGGAAAGAAAUUAAACUGGAAAAGCUUCAUGAAGAUAUUCGUCGCUUGAUUCAAAUUCAGAUUGUAGCAGUCCAUAUGGAAAAUGGAUAUUUCAAGGAGGCUGCUGAAGUUCUUGAAAGGCUAUUCACAGACUCGGAAUCAGAUAAGCCGUUAAGGGUGAAGCUGGCAAUGGUAAUUAAAAGCAAGGAUCCGUAUGUUCCCCUUCUCCAAAGCUUCAGUUACAAUCUUUUGAUACGUAAAAUCAAGACUUACACUGAACUCUUCAUGAAAGACAAUGAAACUACCUUCUUAAUACAG